AUGGCAGACGCAUUGCAAGACAUUCAAAAUGCAUUUGCUUUGGAACCGCAUCAAUUCCAAGCCAUUGUUCAGGGAUUCAAAUCUGAAUUGAACAGCGGGCUGGCGACCAUGUCUGCUUCAGGUCUGGCGACCAUGAUUCCCUCCUAUGUCACCAAAUUGCCCACUGGGCGUGAAACGGGCACCUAUCUUGCCUUGGAUCUCGGCGGUAGUACGCUAAGAGUCUGUGCUGUCGAGUUAUUAGGCCAUGGUCAAGUCACGGUGACCGAGGUCAAACGGUCCAUUGCAGUCAAAGAUCCACUUCGCACAGGGACAGCAGAAGCCUUUUUCGAUUGGAUUGUAGACACUGUCCAUGAGCUUGUGCAAAAAAUUAACGUUCAAACGCCACUUGUCAUGGGCGUCUGCUGGAGCUUUCCUCUCGACCAAAAAGGUAUUGCCACAGGUUUAGUGUUACGCAUGGGCAAAGGUUUUGAUCUGAAAGGGAUCGACAACAAAGACCUCCAAUCCCUAUUCAAAGAAGCUUUUCAACGCAAAGGACUCGACAUUACGGUGACGGCAUUGCUCAAUGAUACCGUGGGUACAUUGGUUGCUCAUGCGUAUGCUAACCCUAAAGUCCGUGUGGGGUUCAUCUACGGCACAGGGGUCAAUGCAGCCUAUCCUGAAAAAGUACAGUGCAUUACCAAACUGCAAGACACAUGGCCCGCCCAAGACGCAACUCAAGAAAUGCUUGUCAAUACAGAAAUUGAUAUUUUUGGCAGCGAUGAUUAUCUCCCCCUAAAUCGCUUCGACCUUGCCUUGGACGCCCAGCACACCCAACCCAAGUUUCAGCUGUAUGAAAAAAUGAUGUCUGGUGCCUAUUUGGGAGAGCUCGUACGACUGGCGGGAAUAGAGUUGAUUGAUCAACGACGCUUGUUUCAAGGACACAUGCCCCUCCAAUUCACCAAAUCAUGGGGAUUUGAAACCGCGCAUCUCAGUGCCAUUGAAAAAGACAGACAUGAACCGGAUGCUUUGGAUCGUAUUGGCCUUCUAUUCACCUUUGAUGAUUAUACCAUGACAGCGACUGAUCUGACAACGAUAGCCGAUCUCUGCAAGAUCGUUGCCACACGUGGCGCUCAUCUCGCUGCGGCGGCCAUGUGCGCUAUCAUCGAACAACAGCCACAGAUGAUCAACUCUUCAAACGAUAUCGUGAUUGGCGUCACGGGAUCCACUUUCGAAAUGUACGCCCCCAUGUCGGACCGGAUCAUGCAUGCAUUAACGCGCUGGUUCGACGCGUCCGUGGCUCAACGGAUCCGCAUCGAACCAGCGACCGAUGGUAGCAGUAUCGGUGCUGCUCUAGUGGCCAUGUUAUACCAACAAAGGUAA